AUGUCUUCAGGAAGGCGGAGCGAGCCAAGACCUAGACGGUCGUCGUCGACUGCUCCUUUGCAGCCUCAAUCGAGGGUUGAGAGUCUGCGAACUGGGCUGAAUGGCUGGUUUAAUGGACGGUCGAGGGUUGGGACACCGAGGAGGAAUCAAGUUCCAGAAAGUCCAAAGACCCCACGGCAGACACCUGGAUUACAGGAGCUUCGUCUGCCAUCAACAAGACUACACAUCCCGUACCUAUCUCGAUCAAAUUCCCUGGCAUCAGUGAGGGAAACUGGACCAUUGGCUUCGCCACGAUCAUUUCGACAUCCUUUUGCGCCUAUUAGUUCUCGACCUGUCACUGCCAGCUCCUUACGACAACAACAUACCCGCCAAGCUUCUGGCGAGACAGUCUUCCCUCGAACACAUCAGCCUUCUGGACGAAGAUUCGUUGGAGUAGAUCCAGCUGAACUUCAUCUGGCUGAGCUGGCCAAUGCGGGACGAAGACGAAGGAGGCAAAAGACGAGGAGAUUAGAACGAUUAUGUGGACCGAAGAUCAAGAACAGAAAGAUACGAGCAAAAGUUCUCAGCUGCUUCAUAUCUGGAAUGUUUCUUACUCUUGUUCUAACAAUCUACCUGGCAAUGGCCCUCUCCAACCGGAACGAAAGCCAAGAAUUCCAUGUCCUCCUGAUCCUCAUCAUCCUGAUAACGACCAUCUUCUUCUGCCAUUCUCUGAUCCGUCUCUGCAUGAUGAUCAUCAAGCCUCCGCCAGACACCGACCUCGAAUCGCAGACCCUCCCCGCCAUGGUCGGCCCCGGCGGCUACGCCAACCCAGCGGCUCCUAUUCCUGUAACACUUGCACGUGACGAAGAAGCUGCUGGUAUCGAAAGCGAUGCGACGAAGUUGCCUCCGCCAGCCUAUGGACUAUGGAGGGAAAGUGUCAGGGUCGAUCCUAAUCGUAUCUUCUGGCAGAGGAAUGCGGCUGCCCCGCCUGUGCCAUCGAGGCAGAGGGGUGUGCCUGGGACUGGCGACGUGGAAUCACAGAGACCGCAGACGGCAAAUAGACCGCCAAGUUAUAUUUCGGAGGAUGGCGUCGAGUAUAUCAUUGAGGCGGCGCCGAGGUCCAUUGCCCCGACUUACGAUGUCCCAUUACCGCCUCAUCCGUCAGAGAGGGGGAGAAUUUCCACGUUACCGCCUGUAAGGUGA